GGUAGCAGUACCAAGCCACCAUGUUUUGUUGGAGAGCACUACGAUUUUUGGAAAAUCCGUAUGCAAGCAUAUCUCGAAGCACAAGGAGAUGACAUAUGGGAUGCCGUUGAAAAUGGUCCUCAUAUUCCAAAAACUGUCAUCAAUAACAAAGAAGAAAUAAAAAUAAAAAAUUCUUGGACGGAUGAGGAUAAGAGAAAAGUGCUUUUCGAUAAAAAGGCUAAGAACAUAUUACAAUCUGCACUAGGAAUGGAUGAGUUUUUCCGCAUAUCUCACUGUAAAACAGCAAAAGAAAUAUGGGAUACGUUGGAAGUAACUCACGAAGGCACCAUUGAAGUAAAAAGAUCCAAACUCAACACACUAUCACAAGAAUAUGAGUUAUUUCGCAUGCAGCCCGGAGAAUCUAUUUUAGAUUUACAGAAAAGGUUCUCCCAUUUAACCAAUCAUUUGACAGCACUUGGAAAAAUCUUCACAAAUGAUGAACUAAAUCUAAAAGUACUAAGGUCAUUGACAAGGGCAUGGCAACCAAAAGUUACAAUGUGGUACUUGGAUAGUGGCUGCUCUAAACACAUGACGGGUGAUAUAACAAAAUUUUCAGCUUUAACACUUGAGUCAAAGGGACAUGUAGUAUAUGGAGACAACAACAAAGGAAAAAUUUUAGGCAUUGGAAAAGUUGGUACAGCACCAUCUCCCUCAAUUGAAGAUGUCUUAUAUGUUGAAGGUCUAAAACAUAAUCUCAUAAGCAUCAGCCAGCUUUGUGACAAAGGAUACAAGAUAGUUUUUAAUAAAGAUGAGUGCGUCAUCCAAAAUGAAGCUACAAAUGAAACUCAGUUUGUUGGUAAGCGUUUCAAAAACAUUUUCAUACUUAAUUUUGAAGAUUUAUCCUUGAAAAUGAAAUGUCUUUUGGUAAGCGACAAUAAUGAUGCUUGGCUAUGGCAUAAGAGAUUUGCUCAUAUUCACAUGGAUCAUUUAAACAAAUUGGUCAAGCAUGAUCUUGUUGUAGGCUUACCAAAAAUAAAAUUUAUAAAGGAUAAAUUAUGUGACGCUUGUCAAAAGGGCAAACAAACAAAAAGUUCUUUCAAACCUAAAAAUGUUAUUUCAACUUCUAGACCGCUACAAUUGAUACAUAUGGAUUUGUUUGGUCCAUCAAGAACCAAAAGUCUUGGUGGAAACUCAUAUGGACUAGUUAUUGUUGAUGAUUACUCAAGGUUCACUUGGACCUUAUUUUUGGCAAAUAAAAAUGAAGCUUUUAAGGCAUUUAAAAACUAUGCCAAGCUAGUCCAAAAUGAACAAUCUGCCAAAAUUGUAUCAAUUAGAAGUGAUCAUGGAAGGGAAUUUCAAAAUACUUCAUUUGAAGAAUUUUGUGAAGAAAAUGGUAUUUUUCACAAUUUUUCUGCACCAAGAACACCACAACAAAAUGGGGUCGUUGAGAGAAAGAAUAGAUCCUUAAUAGAGCUUGCUAGAACUAUGCUAAGCGACUCAAAUCUACCAAAAUACUUUUGGGCAGAUGCUGUAAACACAGCAUGCUAUGUUUCCAACCGGGUAAUUAUUAGGCCAAUUCUUAAGAAAACUCCAUAUGAACUUUACAAAGGUAGAAAACCCAAUAUCUCUCACUUUCACAUUUUUGGAUGUAAAUGUUUUGUGUUAAAUAAUGGUAAAGACAACCUUGGAAAAUUUGAUGAAAAAGCUGAUGAAGGUAUAUUUCUCGGUUACUCUUUAUCUAGUAAAGCAUUUAGAGUCUUUAAUAAAAGAACCUUAUUAGUUGAAGAAUCAAUGCAUGUAACCUUUGAUGCCAUACGUCUACUAUUAGCAUAUGCUUGCUCCAUGAAUUUUGAGUUAUAUCAAAUGGACGUGAAAAGUGCAUUUCUCAAUGGGUACAUAAAUGAAGAAGUUUAUGUCAAGCAGCCCCCUGGAUUUGAAGAUUCCAAAAAUCCCUCACACGUUUACAAAUUGAAAAAGGCUCUUUAUGGUCUAAAACAAGCUCCAAGAGCUUGGUAUGACAGAUUAAGCACCUUUUUAUGUGAACGAGGAUUUGACAAAGGAGAAGUUGAUAAAACGUUAUUUGUCAAAAGAGAAAAUGGUCACACAUUAUUGGUUCAAAUUUAUGUUGAUGAUAUAAUAUUUGGAUCAACCAACAAGGACAUAUGUGAAGAAUUCUCUUCAAUAAUGCAAGGAGAAUUCGAAAUGUCCAUGAUGGGAAAAUUAAACUAUUUUCUUGGACUUCAUAUCAAGCAACUUGAGCACGGCAUCUUCAUCAAUCAAGCCAAAUAUUGUAAAGAAUUACUAAAGAAAUUUGAAAUGGAGAAUUGCAAAGAAAGUACAACUCCAAUGGGCUCCGGAACAUAUGUUGAUAAAGAUGCAUCAGGAAUUUCCAUCGACAUAUCCAAAUAUCGAGGUAUGAUUGGAUCAUUAUUAUAUCUAACGGCCAGCCGGCCAGAUAUCAUGUUUAGUGUUUGUUUGUGUGCAAGAUUUCAGGCAGAUCCGAAAGAAUCACAUCUAGUAGCUGUUAAAAGAAUUAUGAAGUAUCUGAAAGGAACAACAAAUGUAGGCCUAUGGUAUCCUAAGGGUAGCAUAUGUAGCCUAGUAGGAUACUCUGAUUCGGAUUAUGCGGGAUGCAAAACAGACCGUAAAAGCACCAGUGGCACAUGUCAUGUCUUAGGAAAUGCCCUUGUUUCAUGGUCUUGUAAAAAGCAAGCUUGUGUUGCACUUAGUACUGCUGAAGCUGAAUAUAUUGCAGCAGGAAGCUGUUGUGCCCAGAUUCUCUGGCUCAAACAGCAAUUACAUGACUAUGGAGUUGAUCUCGGAUGCAUUCCCUUAAGAUGUGAUAACACAAGCGCAAUAAACAUCUCAAAGAAUCCAAUCAUGCACUCCAGAACUAAACACAUCGAUAUCCGACAUCAUUUUCUACGGGAUCAUGUACUUAAAGGUAAUGUUGAGGUAACAUUUGUUGAUACACACAAUCAAUUGGCUGAUAUAUUUACAAAACCAUUACCUAAAGACUCAUUUUAUAAAAUCCGAAGA